CCUGCCCGCCUCUAGCCAGCCUCACACAGUGGCAGCCGUCCAUUUCCUCUCUACAGUAGCGCUAGCACACCAACGUCUCCGACUCCAACAGACAUGGCUGACCAACUAACAGAAGAGCAAAUUGCCGAGUUCAAGGAGGCCUUCUCCCUGUUUGAUAAGGAUGGAGAUGGGACCAUCACCACUAAGGAGCUGGGCACAGUCAUGAGGUCACUGGGUCAAAACCCGACUGAAGCUGAACUCCAGGAUAUGAUCAACGAGGUGGACGCAGAUGGAAAUGGGACCAUUGACUUCCCAGAGUUCCUGACAAUGAUGGCAAGGAAGAUGAAGGACACUGACAGUGAGGAGGAGAUCAGGGAGGCAUUCAGGGUCUUUGAUAAGGAUGGUAAUGGUUACAUUAGUGCAGCAGAGCUGCGUCAUGUGAUGACCAACCUGGGAGAGAAGCUGACAGACGAGGAAGUAGAUGAGAUGAUCAGAGAAGCUGACAUCGAUGGAGAUGGACAGGUCAAUUAUGAAGAAUUUGUUCAGAUGAUGACGGCCAAAUGAACGAGGCUCUCACAUCUAAGACAAAGAAUCGGUCAAAUGUUUCACUUACCUCUUACUGCAAAAAUCUACAUAUAUUCAUACUGUUCUGUAUAGACAACUUAAACUGAAUGUUGGAAAACUGAAAAUCUGUCCAUAUAAACAAGCUCAAAAAAGGUAAAAGACAAAAAGAGAAAAACCUAAAUGAACCUGCAUGUACUGGCUUGUAUCCCCCGCCCCCAGCACUGAGCUGCCCACUCAGAUCUCAACUCGUUAGCCAAGCAGCCUCUCUGCAGCUGGCUGGUUUGGCCUCUGCUCCUCUGCUUCCUGGUUCCAUCUGCCUGAUAUCAUGAUAAUUAUUUGGGCUGGCCAAUCGCCUUUCCUCUAUGACUUUUCUGUUUUCUUCUGUUCUUUCUUUCUGUUCUUCAUGCAUGCAGCUUUAGACGGGUUACUGUUGAGAGCCCAAAGGCAGAAAGAAGGAUGUUGUCGGGCCUCAGGUUUGGCCUGGGACCCACAGAGAGGAGGGAGGGAGGGAGGGAAGGGUUAAGCAGGAGUGAGUGAACCAGCGCCACCUGCAGUUUGCUUACCUAAAUGAAGUCAGCCACGACAGAUAUUUUUCAGAAAAUAUUAAAAUGGAAUAAAUAAGAACUCAUUUUAGAUUCUGUGUUUCUGGCAUGUCAGGAUACUCACUUUAUCUGUUGUGUGUUUACCUUUUUUGAGGUGAAGUCUGGGGGGGAGGGCAAAAAUUUGAGCCCCUCAGGUUUUGGGCGUGUCCUAGACUUUUGGAGGGCUUGGGUGGACUUUAAAAAGAGAUGAUUUACAAAAGCAGUUUUGGGGCAAUUACAAUACUCUGAGAGUCACGUGUUGUGAACGGUUCAGUCUGUGGUGAACGAACAUCUGAGGUUGUUGCUCACUGUGGCGUGCUCGGGUACAGAACAUUGCCUCGAACGUUGCAUGGGUGUCAUUCUAACGAGGGGAUAUUUUCAGUUUAGUGGGGACGGGGUCGGUGCUUUGCAGCAUUUCUAUCUGUUUGUGAGUUGGUGUGUGUGUGUGUGUGUGUGUGCGUGCGCGUGUUUGUGAGUGAGCAUGGGUGCGGCGAGGCCCGGCCCAGUCCGACUGUUCUGUUCAGUUCAGUUGAUCUGCAUUCCAAGUUGUACAUGCUAGUCUUUACAUUUUGUUUUUCCAAUAAAAUAUCAUGAACAAAAAAA